GUACCUUCAGCUUGGCUGAUUCAGAAUGCACCAUAGGUAUUUGCUUAAAUGCCUCUGAGAACCAGCCUGUUUUAUGUGGGUAGUGGAUGACGCGAAAUUAAAGAUUCUACCAUCAUGUUGGGAGCAAAGCUUGAAGCGUUCGGCCUAGUGGCCCUUGUUUCUCUCUUUCUUGAUGCAUCUCUGGUGCAAGGCCAAAACAAGCCUUGCGUCCCUUCUUCCUGUGGGAACCUUACUAUCAGUUACCCUUUCCGAUUAGACAGCGAUCCCAUCGAGUGUGGUGAGCCAGGAUAUCAACUAGUUUGUGAGAAUAACCGCACUACUGCGCUCAUUGGACAUGGGAAAUUCUUUGUUGAGGAUAUCUCUUAUGUUCACAAUACAACUCGACUGGUAGAUGCCAGUCUCCACAGAAAUAUGUAAUUAUUUUAAGUGUGUUACAAUAACAGGUAUAUCUUUAUUCUGAUUCUCUUUUUUAAAAACUAGUCUGGCAUUGUGUAUAUUGUUCUAUUGUAGCUCUGUAAUACAUACUCCAGAAACUUUUCAAUGUCUAGUUGGCCUUUUCUCUGCUUCAUAUGAAUGGUGCACAUGGUAGUGUCCAAUGAGAAUUAAUGCAAGACAGGGAGGAACCAAGAAUAUCAGAGUUCUUGGCUGGUGAAAACUGAAUCCUAUACUAAGUCAUCCCGCAAAGACAAAGGUAUAUGAAAAAUGCCAAAGCAACAGAAUAUGUAAGGCUAGGCUGGAUUCUAACUUUGUGUUGGUUUCUUAUAUAUAGUAAUUUGAUUUA